GUUCAUCGCUGAAUGCCUGCCUUGUUGCGGCGAGUGUAACUUUGUGAAAUAUGGGCCGGUGCAGUGUUCCCGGGUGCCGUGGAAACUAUGACAAUGGCCCAAAAGUGCGUGUUUACUGCUUUCCAAGAGACGAAGCACUGAAGAAAGCAUGGUUGCGAGCCAUUCCACGGAAGGAUUUCACACCUACAGCGCAUUCGAGGGUAUGUGAACUGCACUUCCACGCAGAUGACUUCAUCAUGACGUUGUCUCAUCAGGAUGAACAGACAGGAAGAACAAUAGAGAUGAAGCGUGAUAGACUGCAGUUGAAGAAGGAUGUUGUGCCUUCUCUGUUCCCAAACUGUCCAAAAUAUUUUUCCUCAACGCCAGCACGCAGUGAAUCGCCAGACACCAACAAAGCAAGAAGGGAAAAUGCUGCGCUGCAGGAGGCUAUGAGAAGAUCCCUUGAAUAUAAUGAACCAGAACACAAAAGAAACAAAAUUUCAUCAUACGAGGAACUGAAAGCUAAGCUGUCUGGGAUUUGCAACACAACGUUUUGGACUAUUUCUGUCGAUGAACAGUGCGUUAGGUUUCUUCUCAUUGAGAACGAUCCUUCGCCUAAUGUGAAAUGCGCCUUGCUAGUUCUCCCAGAUCUAUCACUUUCCGUUUUCCUGAACGGAGUGAAGCUUCAGUCGCUUCCUUGGGGUAGCACUGUGCCAAUUCAAGUAUGUGACACCUCCAGUCUGUCCUUGUUGCUAGACGAGAUCGAGAAACACUUCCAUGAUAUACCUGGAGUGACGAAAGAGUCGAAGGAAACUAAAGUAUUGCACUUAGUCAGUUCACUUCUUGCAGACGCCAUUGAGCACAGUGAUACGCCGAAAGAACACUCUGCUUUGUUGAAAUUUCUGGGUGAGCAGAUAACACUUCUUCUUGCGAAGCAGCGUGUGUAUAGUCCAGAACUAUUGGUAUUCGCAAGUAUUAUGAAUUCAAUUUCUCCUCAUGCUUAUCACUUCACAAGAGCUGCAUCAAGAAUUAUCUUGCCCCAUCCUUCCACACUCCGGCGUGUUUGCUCAAAUUACAAAGCUGACCCUCUUCUAGAGCAAAAACAAACGCACUACCUUUCCUACAUUCGAGAACGAGUGAAGUCAAUGCAAGACCCUGAAAAGACCGUCACCCUGAUGCUUGAUGAGAUCCACAUAAAACCAUACUUUGACCACAAAGGGGGCACAAUAGUAGGAUCAUCGGUUCAUUCCACAGAACCCGCCACAACAGCUCAUGUGUUCAUGGUACAGUCGCUCCUUUCUGCAAAUAAGGAUGUCAUUCACAUACUGCCUGUGAGCAAAAUGAGCGCAGAAAUUUUGCACGAGCAUGCCAAGAACAUAAUCUUAAAUGUUGAGAAAAUGGGCCUUAAAGUUAUCGCUGUAGUAACAGACAACAAUGCUCUGAACCGCAAGAUGAUGUCUUUAUUUGCUGCAAGCCCUCAACUGAGCAUUGUUUAUCCCCAUCCAGCAGACAACGCUCGUCCUCUUUUCUACGUUGUGGAUCCUGUGCAUCUGCUGAAGUGCGUCCGGAACAAUUGGAUCAACCAAAAAAACCACGGAACAUGUCUCUAUUUCCCUGAAAUGGACUUGAAUGGAAACAUGCCUGAACCCCGCAGGGGCGUCUGCCAGAAGCUGCAGCCGCAGCAGCAGCAGCAGCAGCGGCCACUGCAAAGGAGAACUAACGAAAGAAUAUUGUCACGGUUACGGCUACAACCAGGUUCCGCACCAACACGCUCACGCUGGAAAACGGAGGUACAACUCAAGCAGCAGUUGCGCACCGAGGCGGAAGCGUCGACGGUGUCGCAGCAACUGCCGCCGCCGACAUUGCAGCAGCUGUUGCGAUGUCGGCAGUGUAUCGAAUAG